AUGACGUGGUACAAGCUCCGCUCCAAGCCAGGCAAGAAGGAGAAGGAGCGAGGGGAGAUCGAAGUGGACAUCCAGUUCAUGAGGAGCAACAUGACUGCCAGCAUGUUUGAUCUGUCUGCCAAGGACAAGCCUCGCUCUGCCUUUGGCAAGCUGAAGGACAAGCUGAAGGGGAAGAGGAGCAGUGGCUUCUCCGACACGGCCUCGGCCAUCGUCCCCAGCAGCGCUCACUCCUCCGGCGACAGCGACGAGGAGGCAGCCGAGAAGGAAAAGAAGAAAUCCAAGUUCAAAAGCCUCUUUUCCAAGCCUGGCCUGCAGAAGAACUCCCUCUCCCAGUCCAUGUCAGUCCUGCCCACCCAGCAGCCUGUCACCCACAGGGUUCUGCUGCGGCCCAGUGACUUCCAGUCGCAGUGGGACGAUGAGGAGUCUGAGACCUCUCCUGCCUCAGAGAAAGCCUUUGGAAACGUCCUGGAAGGGAAGUCCUCCCCUUCCCCUGUAUUUAAAUCUCGUAAAACAGCCACUUUGGACAGGCACCUAAACCCAGUGACCACUAACCACAGCAAGAAAGAAGGGCUCUCUCUGUUCAGUGGCCUGAAGUCCAAAACUGAUCCAGUUUCCAGGUCCAGUCUGUGCAUCAAUGGCAGCCAUGUUUAUAUGGAAGAGAGCAGGACAAAGGACAACACUCCAGCCUCUUCCCCCUCUCCUCGCAACUUCAGGAGGAAGCAGCUCUUUGCUUCAGAAGAGAACCUGUCCUCCAGAUCUGCUAAAACACCUGAGGAGGCAGGAAGAACAUCUCCUAGUCAUGCUUUCUCUGGGUCUGCAUCCUUGGAGACCUUUAAAUCCAUGACCUUGCCAUCAUACAAAUUGCUUACCAGUGAAGAACACCUGGAACCCAGCCUUCCUCCUACUGUUGAGGUCGUUAAAGAGACCAAAAAACCAGAGCCCAAGAAGUCUGCCUUGCUCUCUCUGGUCACUGGGAAGAAGGAUGCAGUCAAGAGCAGUGAUGCUGAGAAUAUCCCUGACAGCACCUUGCAGGGUGAGACAAACAAAAUUCCAGAAGAGAAGAGUGAACAAGAGGCCAAACAGCUUGAACCUGCAGCAGAUGGAAGCAGAGGGAGUCCUCCAGAAGGCAGUCAGCACACAGAGGAUGUCUGUGCAAGCAAGCAGCCACUCAACCCUUUGGAGGAAGAAAGGAGGCCUGAGAAGGCUGCACCUGCAAAGACCAAAGCUGUCAAGCCCAGACUGGGCCUGCCUGCAGAGGAGGAAACCAAAGCCACACUUCCUACUCUUGCACCUGAAUCCCUUCCUGCUUUUCUUUCUGGACACUCUCUCAGGAGUGACAACAAUCCUUUUGUUCCCAAAGCAGGGCAGAAAGGCCAAGGGCCAGGCCCUGAGAACAUUCCUGGGGCUGCUGCCUCUCUGACCUCUCCUCCUCCUUUUGCUGCAGAGCUUUUCAGUGGCACAAACCCUUUCAGCCCAGAGUGGGGCAGGGCACCCUCAGCCCUGCAUCCUGAAGCAGUUGCUCAUUUCCCUUCAGCUCCUCAUCUUGCACCCCCUGUUCCCAAAGCACCUCCUCCUGGGCAGGUCUCUGGUAGCACAAAUAAUCCUUUUGCUUCUGAGUGGGGACAGAGCUCACGGAGCCAGGGACCAGAGAGCUGCAACCUGCUGGCUUCCCCAGGCCUCUCUCACCCACCUGCACCUUCUGUCCCCUCUGAGUGGCACUUCAAUGACAAUAAUCCCUUCCUGUCCAAGCUUGGGUGGGAAGCAGGUGGGCCAGGUUCCAAAGCUGGUGCUAGUUCUCCCCGUCUCUGUCUUGCUGGUGAUGAAAGCUGUUCCCCAGAGCACCCUGCAGAGCUGCAGCACUCUGCUCACAGAGCUGCAGGGAGCAGUGCAGAUGUGGCUUUAACUGGUGGGGAUGUCAGAGCUGCACCAAACCCUCUGAGCACUCCUCCUGACAGCCCUGCUCUGGCUCCAGAGAAGCAGAUUGAGACUGCAUGCAGGCUAGGCAACAGGAAAUCUGUGUCCUUUCUCCUGGAUGGGUCAGAGGAAGUUACUUCAGGUGGACAGGAAGGUGAAAAACAGGACUUGGAUUUCAGUGGAAGGUUACUUAAGGGUUCAGAUGUGAGAGGAGAGGGAGCAGGGUUUGCUCCAGGACUAGAAGCAGGAUGCUACCCAUCAUCAAAGCUCUCCAGUGACAGGGUAGGUCCCAUCCAGAACUGUGAGGCUGCUCUCCAGGCUAGGGUAAAUGCUGGCCCCUGCAUGGAGGAUGGUGAACACUUUGGCUCUCUCUCCAAGGGCAGCAGCAGCCUCUCACCAGGGACUGGUGCUGAACAGCUGCCUUCCCCUGAGAGCAGGCUGGAAGAGAAGCAGGAGACCUUUGGUGAAAAGAGAGGAGGAGAAUGUGCCCCCAGAGCAGCUCCACUUGAGGAAGAUGACCCAGCAGCACCUGCCAGGCCAACCCGGGGAUCCUGGGCACUGUCCCCUCAGGAUGCUGCUGUCAGGAGGGCUGGCAGGGAGGUGCUUGUCCCUCCAAAGCCAGCCCCACGCCUGUCU